AUGGAUCAAAGCUUUUGGACAUGUCACAAGUUCCAUGGUCUGAUAUUUUGCAACAGCGUGGUUGGGGCAAAGAACAGACGAUCUCGACAAGGAUCGACCAGACAGUGGGGGUUUUCUACGCUGAACAAAAUCCGGGGGCCACAAGGAGAUCUGGGGAAACCACAAAAGUCCAAACAACAAAAAUGCUUACCGAGUCAGUUGGCUGGUGUGAAGUUAUUGACAACUACGGCGGCGUGGACGAUUAUAGCCACGAAUAAAACAUCGAAUUAUUCAACCCAGAUGACAGUCAAUAACACAGGAAUGUUCCCAAGGACGUACUCGUGGCCUGCAACCGCCGUAUGGGCGUUUCACAAAUUCGAUAUUUCGCAGGGCCCUACCAACUGCAGAAGGACGGAUCUUCAGUCAUCAUUCAAAUCGAUGGAGCUUGUUGAGGAAAUGGAACACGAUCUGCACGAGGCGGUUGGGGCGCUUUCUUUGGCCACCAAUCGCAGUACAACAGCUGGGGUCUUCUGCCGCCCAACGCACAGCAGACCAGCACUUAUGUGGAACUUUAUGCCGCGAUAG